CAAUGAAAGCAACAUUUUCUACAUAUCUCACUGAGGGGCUUAUUUUAGUCUCUCCGGCUAUGUUUUUGCUUGUUUUGCUUUUGAUGGCCACAGUUAAACUUCCACACAACCAAUUUUGUGUUUUACUUGGAAUUGCCCAAUUAUUUUUCUUAGUUUUAUUUGCUCUUUUUUCACAACACGAUCCUAAUGCCCUUCCAUCAUCAGUUCCAAUCGGUUCUGUUUUGAUACAAGAAUCACAGAAAAAAUUAACUGAUUUUCAAGAUGUUCAUUCAAUACUUCUUGUUGGGUUUGGAUUUUUGGUUGUUUUUGUUCGUCGAUAUGGAUUUGGAUCUUUUACAAUGUCAAUGAUGUUAACAGCUUUUACAUUAGAAUUAGCUCUACUUGUUCGAGGGUUCUUAACAGAUGAAUUUGCCCUCUAUGGAAAAUUUUAUGUUAAUCUACAAAAUUUAAUUAAUGCUGACUACACAGCUGCAGUUGUAUUAAUCUCUUUUGGAGCUUUAUGUGGUAAAUUGUCUCCAAUGCAAUAUUUGCUUAUGGCCUUAAUUGAAGCCCCAUUUUCUGUAAUUUUUCUAAAAAAUAUUUUUGAGAAUUUCUUAAUUCUUGACAGAUCUUUAACGAAUAUAUUGUUGUCAAAAUACUUGGAUUCAAUGAUUAUUCACGUUUUUGGUGCCGUUUUUGGAUUAAUUGCUGGUCGAGUACUUUUUACUAAAACAUGGAGAGACAGCGAACAUUUGGGGAGUGUUUAUCAUUCUGAUAUAUUUACUUUUGUUGCUACCGGCUUUCUUUGGGUGUUUUGGCCUUCUUUCAAUGCUGCAAAUGCAUUUGGAGCAGAUGCCCGUAAUCGUUCAAUUGUAAAUACAUAUACAGCUUUAAUUGGUAGUACAAUUACUGCUUUUGUUGUUUCCUCUUUUUACAACAAAAAAGAGAAUUUCAAUGUUCGCCAUUUGGUUAAUGCUCCAUUAGCGGGUGGAGUUGCUUUAGGUGCUUGUGCCAAUAUUCUUUUGGCACCUUUUGAUGCUUUAGCUAUAGGGGUUGUUAGUGGGGCUGUUGCUGUUUUUGGAUAUAUAUUUAUUUCUCCAAUUCUCGAAAAGAAAUGCGGAUUUAGCGACACAAGGGGUGUAAAUAAUUUACACGCAAUGCCCGGAAUAAUUGGAGUAUUGGCUAGUGCAAUAGUCCUUCUUUGCUACAAAGAUGGAUCUUAUCCGGAAAGGCAAAUUAAUUAUGAGAAAAUAUUUUUUAUAUCUGUUUAG